AUGGCUCUUCCGAAGCAGAAAGUGGUUGUUGUGGGUGCUGGCCCGGUGGGGUCUCUAGCAGCGCUAUAUGCAGCUUCAAGAGGCGAUGAUGUUGAAGUAUAUGAACUCCGCGGAGAUCUCCGGGACCCUACGACUAUCCCGUUAAACUUCACGAAGUCUAUCAAUUUGGCCCUGUCCGAACGUGGAAUUACGUCUAUGAAGCAUGCGGACCGAACUGGAUUGAUCGACAAUGUUCUCAGUGAAGCGAUCCCCAUGCAUGGACGGAUGAUCCACGGCCGAGACAGCGGGGAUCUGUGGGAAGCUGCACAGGCCUAUGACGUUCAUGGCCGGGCCAUCAAUGCCAUCGAUCGAGGAACUCUCAACAACGCUCUUCUCGAUGAGCUGGAGAAGACACCCAAUGUCAAGUUGUUCUUCAACCACAAGCUGACUGGUGCGGAUUUUCGCACCAACAAGGCUUGGUUUGAGCGCCGAAUUCCCGGCGAAACACCUAUGGCAGAUGAUGCUGGUGUAGCUGGUCGAGUACCAGAGAUCGAGGUAUCCUUUGACUUCCUCAUCGGUGCGGAUGGCGCACACUCCGCCUCGCGAUUCCACAUGAUGAAGUUUUCUCGCGUCGAUUAUCAACAGGAAUAUAUCGACACCUUGUGGUGCGAGUUCCGUAUUCCGCCCUCAGAAAACGGCGACUUCCGCAUCUCGCCAAAUCAUCUCCAUAUUUGGCCAGGGCGCGAAUUCAUGUUCAUUGCACUGCCGUCAGCGGAUAAGUCAUUUACAUGCACCUUAUUCGCACCAUCCUCACACUACACAUAUUUGGAGACUUCACCACAGGACUUGCAUGAAUUUUUCGACUCUCACUUCCCCGGCGUGAGCCCAGAGCUGAUCGAGCCCGCGGCGCUGAGCGAGCAGUUUGCUCUCAACCCUCAUCUCCCAUUGAUCAGCAUCAAGUGCAAGCCCCACCACUUCAGUGCCAGCACCGUCAUCAUCGGCGAUGCAGCACACGCAGUUCUUCCAUUCUACGGACAGGGAUUGAACGCAGGUCUCGAGGAUGUCCGUGUUCUGUUCGAGGAAUUGGACAAACACGGCGUCUACGACCCCAAUUCUAGCGUCUAUACACGCGGCCUCAAGCGCCAGGCAGCCUUCCAAGCAUACACUGACCAGCGCUGUGCCGAUACGCACGCUAUCAAUAAUCUGUCGAAAGAGAACUAUCUCGAGAUGCGUGCGGGCGUUAAGUCGCCGCUCUACAAGCUGCGGAAGUCGAUUGAGGAAACCAUCGACCGCCAUUUCCCGAUUUUUGGUUGGAAAACGCAGUAUGCUCGCGUUAGCUUCAGCAAUCAACGUUACUCAGAGGUUAUCGAAGCUGUGCAACAUCAGAGUCAGGUUCUUGGCAUCGGUCUGAGCGCGGCAUUAGUUGCUGGUGUCGGUGCCUUAUCUAUUUUGAUGUGGAAGUUCCCUCGAUAUUUCUCGCCCAUCGGGCUUAUUCGGUGCUCGCGACAUCUUGCAUGUGUGGGACUUAGGAGCAUCCGCAAAUUCAUUCAUAUGUAA